AUGGCAACAACUAAAGAGGCAGAAGAUUGCGCCACCCUGAUGACAUUAGUUAUUGCAUCGAUUGGCUUAGCAUUAUGGGCUUUAAUCUCGAAUUUAAUCUCUAAAGGCCACACGAAGACUACUUUCCCGACUUUCAAAAUCGAGUCCCUCUCGGUUUUCGUACACAUUAAUAACUCGGCCACGGCUCGAUGGGACUUAGGCAAUGUGAGCUUGGACACGCCGUGGGCCCGUGAGGACUACAUCGAGUCCAAAGAGCUCGAGUGUGAUGUCACGUUCAAAGGUUAUUACGAUGAUAAUAAUUAUGAAAUCACUGCCGAGUGCAAGAAUGUGAGGGUCGAGAUCGAGGGUGGCCGCCGUGGGAUCAUGAUCGGAGGGACCAAA